CUUCAGAUACCUUUCCUCAUAUCAUAAUGUUUCUUUCCCAUGUUGGUUGUGUCCUUAAGACUACAAAGAAUCUCUUUACUUUCUCUGCUUUGCUUUAGCUACAUUGUGUUAAAAAUGAAGAAGCUUUCAGUUUAGUUUUACUUCUUUGAGAUUGGGGGAUCUGACAACAUGGGUUUAGUUUUAGUUCAUCAAGAUCUGGGUUGUGAAGAUUUUUAGAGUGUUUUAUUUUUUCUGGGUUUUUGGGCUGUACUCGUGGUUAGUGAUUUUUUCUACUUUUUUUUAGUGUUUCAAUGGCUCCAAGAUUGUAUUUUUCACAUUGGUGGGGGAAAGACACAAGAAAGGGAACACCAGUGGUGGUCACAAUGGAGAAUCCUAAUUACUCGGUUGUCGAAAUCAACGGCCCAGAUGCUGCAUUCAGGCCAGUUGAAAGGAGUAGAGGCAAGAAUGCUAAACAAGUUACAUGGGUUUUGCUUCUCAAAGCUCAUCGUGCUGUCGGUUGUGUGGCUUGGUUAGCUACAGUGCUCUGGGCAUUACUUGGUACCAUUAAGAAAAGACUCAUCUUUAGACAAGGAGUAGCAAUGGAUAGUGAGAAGUUGGGUAAAGGGAAAUUGCUAUUUAGAGUCAUUAAAAUGUUUCUGGUGACUUCUUUGGCAAUUCUUGCUUUUGAAGUGGUUGCUUAUUUCAAAGGGUGGCAUUAUUUUAGAAAUCCUCAUUUGCACAUGCCUGGAACUAGUGAUAUUCAGGGCUUGCUUCAUUUGGUUUAUGUUGGUUGGCUAACGUUUCGGGCUGAUUACAUUGCACCCCUAAUUCAAGCACUCUCUCAAUUUUGUGUUGUUUUAUUCAUCAUCCAAUCUCUGGAUCGAUUGGUGCUUUGCUUAGGUUGCUUUUGGAUUAAAUUCAAGAAGAUUAAGCCCAGGUUCGAAGGGGAUCCAUUCAAGUCUGAUGAUGUUGAGGGCUCGGGUUAUGAGUAUCCCAUGGUACUUGUUCAAAUCCCCAUGUGCAACGAGAGGGAGGUGUAUGAGCAGUCUAUCUCUGCAGUCUGCCAACUUGAUUGGCCAAAGGACCGUAUACUGAUUCAAGUUCUUGAUGAUUCUGAUGACGAGAGCAUCCAAUGGUUAAUUAAGGCAGAGGUUGCAAAGUGGAGCCAGAAGGGUAUCAACAUAAUUUAUCGGCAUCGCUUGGUUAGAACUGGUUACAAAGCUGGGAAUCUUAAGUCUGCAAUGAGCUGUGAUUAUGUGAAGGAUUAUGAGUAUGUUGCAAUCUUUGAUGCCGAUUUCCAACCUAACCCAGAUUUUCUUAAAAGUACAGUGCCGCAUUUCAAGGACAAUCCCGAAUUAGGAUUGGUUCAGGCUAGAUGGUCCUUUGUGAACAAGGAUGAGAACUUGCUGACUCGUCUCCAAAACAUCAACUUGUGUUUUCAUUUUGAGGUGGAACAACAGGUUAAUGGCGUAUUUCUGAACUUUUUUGGUUUCAAUGGAACUGCUGGUGUCUGGAGAAUUAAGGCCCUUGAGGAAUCCGGUGGUUGGCUUGAAAGAACAACUGUAGAGGAUAUGGACAUUGCUGUCCGUGCACAUCUAAAUGGCUGGAAAUUCAUCUAUCUUAAUGAUGUGAAGGUCCUUUGUGAAGUCCCUGAGUCCUAUGAAGCUUACAGAAAGCAGCAACAUCGUUGGCAUUCUGGACCUAUGCAACUUUUCCGCUUGUGUCUUCCUGCAAUUAUAACUUCCAAGAUAGCAAUAUGGAAGAAAGCAAACUUAAUACUGCUGUUCUUUCUAUUGAGGAAACUUAUCCUUCCAUUCUAUUCCUUCACAUUGUUCUGCAUAAUUCUUCCUCUAACCAUGUUUGUCCCGGAGGCUGAGCUUCCUGUGUGGGUCAUUUGUUAUGUUCCAGUUUUUAUGUCAUUCCUCAACAUUCUUCCUGCCCCAAAAUCUUUCCCUUUCAUUGUUCCUUACCUCCUAUUUGAAAACACCAUGUCUGUGACCAAAUUCAAUGCAAUGGUGUCUGGAUUAUUCCAGUUGGGUAGUUCAUAUGAGUGGGUUGUCACCAAGAAGGCUGGCAGGUCAUCAGAAUCUGACUUACUAGCCGCUGCCGAGAGAGAAUCAAAGACAAUGAACCAGACACAGAUGUACAGAGGAGCUUCUGAGAGUGAGCUUUCUGAGUUGAACCAAUUGAAGGAGCAAAAGGAAUCAGCUGCCGCACCUAAAAAGAAGGUCAACAAGAUAUACAGGAAAGAGCUUACUCUAGCAUUCCUCCUACUCACGGCUUCUGUCAGGAGCCUGCUCGCGGCCCAAGGAGUGCACUUCUACUUCUUGCUCUUCCAAGGGGUGACCUUCCUCCUUGUGGGGCUUGAUCUGAUUGGUGAGCAGAUGAGCUGAUGGUGCACAGAAGGAAGUCAGAGAAAUGAAAAAGUCAACUUCUGCUCCGAUUCAACCAAAGUACAUCCAGUAUUAAAAAUUCAUUGUGGCGGUGCAAUUAAAGAAGAGCAACCCUUUUCUCCUUGGCAAAUGGUGGAAGGGCUUCUAAUUCAAUGCAAAUGAUAUUUCACUUUUGACAUUUGAAUUGAAGUUCCCUAUAUAAGAUUUUCUCUCUUCAUCCAUCACUCUCCACACCACGGUAACACCUUUCUUUUUAUAUUUAUAUCUUCAUAUUUUCCAUUGAAUAGUUGUCAUUGUAGUCUUCCGUAGGCAUUGAAUUAUUGUUGUUUG